AUGUCAAAAGCAAAAGGAGUGUCAAAACGAAGAAAGGCAACAAAAAGGCCUAACUUUGUCCAUAAAACGAAACUCAAGAGACAGAGGAAUAAAAUCCUUAAGAAGACCGUCAAAAUUGAAUGUAAAUCAAUUCGCGAUUCAAUCGAUAAGAAGAAGAAUUUGACCAUAAAUUUCACUGCAAUGGGUCUCUCAUUAAAUCCAAACAAAACUUUGGCAAAAGUUGGUACUGAAGAGCAAAAUGAAAUUAAAAACAGUAAACGGAAAGAAGUGAAGAAUAAAUCUAAAGAUAAUUUGAAAAAGACUAAAGUUAUUGAAGAGUUGGAGGCAGAGGCCAGUAAAGAGAUCCCAAAGAAGUUUAAGUUCGGACCAAUUAAUGCUAAGUUUUGCGUUUAUAUGAUUGAAAAAUAUGGCGAUAAUUAUGAGGCAAUGGCAAGGGAUCCAAUCAAUUACUAUCAAGAAUCUGUUGGACAAAUCAGACAAAAGAUUAAAAAGUUUAAAGCGAUUCCAUCCAAUUGGAACUCAUAUCUUGAGGCAAAAAAAUUAAUCGAAACUCAAGAUACUAAUGAUAUUUAUUAUUUUACCCGUAAUGAAGUGGCAAAUAUAUUACAUUUAUAAUGGAGAUUGAAAGUGAAUCGUCAAAUAAAUGUCAGAAAAAGAUUCAGUUUACUGAAGACACAUUUGAUAGCCAACACGAC